AUUGGAUUAGGUCUGAUCGCACGAGAAACACAUGAGGGUGGAAGUAAAGGCAACCUCACUAGACUGCAGUUACACACAUUCCACGUGAGUGAUGUCUGAACGGAGAAUAGUGGUUUUCUCCUCUGCAGCCGAGCUCGGAACGACUCUGGCCCAGCUGGUGUCCUCUCGAGCAGAAAAAGCUCUCCGAACAGAUGGAAGUUUCUUCUCUCUGGGUCUUUCGGGAGGUAGUUUGGUAAACAUACUGGGGAAGGAAUUGCCUGCUGUACAAAACCUAGACUGCAGCAAAUGGCUUAUUGGGUUCUGUGAUGAGAGACUUGUGCCAUUCAAUGAUGCUGAGAGCACUUAUGGAUUAUACAAGAAUCAUCUGUUCGGCAAAAUUAACAUUCCAGAAAAUAGGAUUUUGGCUAUAGAUCCCUCUUUACCUGUGGAUGAAUGUGCCGAUGAUUAUGCUGGGAAACUGAGAAAGGCCUUUAGCACAGAGCAAAUACCAGUUUUUGACAUGCUGUUGCUGGGCAUGGGACCAGAUGGACACACCUGCUCUCUUUUUCCAAACCAUCCUUUAUUACAGGAAACCCAAAGGACAGUGGCCCCCAUCACUGAUUCUCCUAAACCACCCCCUCAGCGUGUUACCAUGACAUUGCCUGUGGUCAAUGCUGCUCGAUGUGUAGUUUUUGUGUCGACUGGGGGCAGCAAAGCUCCAGUACUGAAGCAAGUACUGGAGGGUGGUGAUGGCCCUGCACUUCCAGCAGCUCUUGUCACACCUACACAGGGAGAACUUUUCUGGUUAUUAGAUGAGCCAGCUGCUUCCUCCCUCACUUCUCAGGUGGAGAGGCCAGGACCCGGGGCUAAACUCUAAAUUCAGAAGACCAAACUUGUAGAAACACUGUCUAGUAUUCUUAUGAGAGUCUGUUCAAUGCUGUUAUCCAAUACACUUAUAAAAUGUACUAUGAUAUCUAUAGUUUUCACCAAAUUACCACCAUUGUCACUACUGUAAAACAAUAAUACACUAAUGUGUAAUCUUUGUCAAACAAUUGAAGAUGAGCUAACUUUAAAAAGAUUUGUCAUUUUAAGCAGCCUAAAAUCAUAUUAGAUAUAAGUCGGACGUUGAUAUCCGUUCUUUGGAUUGUAUUUCGUGCAUUGUGUGAUCCUCAUGGAAAAAUUUAAGUGCAUUGUGAUGGACAUCUUUCAUGAACAAGUAAAAUAAUGUACGUAUGACCAA